GAGCUGAACUUGCCUCUUCCUUCUCUCUAUCGUGCCGCCACAAACACUACCCGCCUCUCACUUCUCCAUCUCUCUCUCUCUCUCUAAUGACGUCAUGCUCUUUCUCCAGUUCCUCCCUCUUCUCCUUCAACCUCCCUAAUCAAAACUCUCUCCACCGUCGUCCACCAACCCUCCACCGUCACGUCACCCUCUCCUCCACCGUGAAAACCACCGAUGAAAACAGCAACGGCGCUUCUUCUCCGACAGUAAAGCCUACUCGAACCGAAGACAACAUCCGCGACGAAGCUCGCCGCCACCGCUCCACCUCCUUGAACCCUUUCUCCGCAAGAUACGUCCCGUUCAACGCUCCCACCGCCUCCACCGAGUCCUACUCCCUCGACGAGAUCGUCUACCGCAGCAAAUCCGGCGGCCUGCUCGACGUCCAGCACGACAUCGACGCCCUGAGGAGCCGCGACGGAGCUUACUGGCGCAACCUCUUCGACUCGCGCGUCGGCAGAACCAAGUGGCCAUACGGCUCCGGAGUCUGGUCCAAGAAAGAGUGGGUGCUCCCCGAGAUCGACGACGACGACAUCGUCUCGGCCUUCGAAGGAAACUCGAACCUCUUCUGGGCGGAGAGGUUCGGCAAAACGUUUCUCGGAAUGAACGACUUGUGGGUGAAACACUGUGGGAUCAGCCACACGGGAAGCUUCAAAGAUCUUGGCAUGACCGUGUUGGUCAGCCAAGUCAACCGUCUUAGGAAGAUGAACAAACCGGUGGUCGGAGUCGGUUGCGCUUCCACCGGAGACACUUCCGCCGCUCUUUCCGCUUACUGCGCAUCCGCGGGGAUCCCUUCGAUCGUGAUCUUACCGGCGAACAAAAUCUCCAUGGCUCAGCUGGUUCAACCGAUAGCUAACGGUGCGUUUGUGCUGAGCAUAGACACGGAUUUCGACGGAUGUAUGAAGCUGAUCAGAGAGAUUACGUCCGAGUUGCCGAUCUAUUUGGCCAACUCCUUGAACAGUUUGAGGUUAGAAGGGCAGAAGACGGCGGCGAUAGAGAUUCUCCAGCAGUUUAACUGGCAAGUCCCUGAUUGGGUGAUUGUCCCUGGAGGCAAUCUUGGUAACAUAUACGCGUUUUACAAGGGUUUCAAAAUGUGUCAAGAACUGGGGCUUGUCGAUAGGAUCCCGAGGCUGGUUUGCGCGCAGGCGGCUAACGCGAAUCCGCUUUACUUGCAUUACAAGUCAGGGUGGAAAGAGUUCAAACCGGUGAAGGCCAACGCUACAUUCGCAUCCGCGAUUCAGAUUGGUGAUCCGGUUUCGAUAGACAGGGCGGUGUAUGCGCUUCGGAACUGCGACGGUAUUGUGGAAGAAGCCACGGAAGAGGAGCUUAUGGAUGCGAUGGCUCGGGCUGAUUCGACAGGGAUGUUUGUAUGUCCGCACACUGGUGUUGCACUGACGGCUCUGUUUAAAUUGAGGAACCGAGGGGUGAUUGCACCGACUGAUCGGACCGUGGUGGUGAGUACUGCUCACGGUUUGAAGUUCACUCAGGCUAAGAUCGAUUACCACUCGAAAGCCAUACCGGAUAUGGCUUGCCGGUUCUCAAAUCCGCCGGUUGAAGUGAAGGCGGAUUUUGGAGCUGUCAUGGAUGUCCUCAAGGGUUACUUGGGGAGUAAGGAACUUAGGUCAUAAGACCAGCCUUUGUUAUUGUUUGCUACUUGUAUGUCUAUCUACGUCUGAUUUUGUUGUGAUAAGCUUGAAAUAAGAUAAAGAUUAAAGA